ACAUAUGCUACUGCAGCAUCAAGGGUUUUUGGCAUUGCUGAAAUCCGAGCAAUUCAACCCGAAGUCGGGUGACUGACGAAAAUUUAUGUUUUCCGCCAUCCAAAAGGAUUGGUUUCUAGUCGCUCCCAAAUGUCUCUGGCGCACCAUUUCAUCCAAGCUCUUGUGUGCUUUCUUCUGAUCAAAGUACACUCCAUGCCAGGUACUCGAGAUCAUUACGGCAGGUGACCUUCGAUACGCUAACUCAGAUAGAGGGAUUCAAUGUCAUAUUUGUGUGGUGUUGACCAUAGUAAGGAAUGCAGGCAGAAUGUAUGCUGCGUUACGGGUUACGGGGAUUGAUCAUAUUGAUCUAUGAAUUUCCUGUUGAACACUUCAAGGAGAGCCUAAGUUCAAGACUGGAUUGAAUUACUACACUUGCCGUUUAGGGAAACAUAGAUCGUGUUUCGGCAUGCCAUGUACGGGCCACCCUGUAGUGUGUCAACCUUGUACCUCUUUGCUUCCGCGACAUGGACUCCACUGAGCACCACUUUCAAAGGUCAGAGGAUCUGUAUCAUGCACAAGAACACGAUAUCCGCCUCCCUUGGCGGUAGAAGGAGCGAUGAUUGAACUUGGCGACCGUCAUCACGGAUUAACCAACGCUGGACGGCCAUUGCCGACAACGAACCAUAUCGUUGGGGUGCAUGAUUGCUGCUUGACAACGAACCACAAUGUCUUCAUUCCUUGAAACUUUGGGAAAGGUCAGGGAUAAGAUUCCUGAGGGACUCCAACAUGCAAGGGCCACAGCAAUAGGACUUCUGAAUCCCAACCGUCGACAUGAUGAUCCCGAAGAAAAACGCGCCGAUAUGGUUAGAUCUGAGAUCAAUUCUGCCCACCGUUAUCACUCUUUCGCAGACGAACGCUGGCAGAACUUCGUGAAAUGGCACAUUGAUGGUCAUGACUAUAUGUAUGCGCUCUCAGAGAUGCUUGACAGUGCGCGCGAGGCCAUUUUUAUACUUGAUUGGUGGUUGACGCCUGAAUUAUACCUCCGCCGUCCCCCUGCAUCUAAUGAGCAGUGGCGAUUGGACCGAUUACUGAAGCGUAAAGCUGAAGAAGGCGUCAAGAUCUACGUGAUUGUCUAUAAGGAAGUUACCCAGACCAUGUCUCUGAGCUCGCAUCAUACAAAGGAAACUCUGGAGGCUCUGCAUCCCAACAUUGCUUGCAUGCGUCAUCCAGACCAUAUCGGAAGCAAAGACGACGUAGCAUUUUGGUCGCACCAUGAGAAAGUCGUCAUUGUUGACAACCACCGCGCUUCUCUCGGCGGUUUGGACCUAUGUUUUGGUCGCUGGGAUACUCAAACCCACCCUCUCGCGGAUGUUCACCCAACAAACUUUGCCGCUACCCUAUUCCCAGGGCAAGAUUACAAUAAUGCUCGUGUCCUCGAUUUUAAGGAUGUGCCCCAAUAUAUCAAUAAUGGAAUUAGUGUUCUUGACACUCCGAGAAUGCCGUGGCACGACGUGCACAUGACGGUGUGCGGUCCUGUUAUACUCGAUAUCGCUCAACAUUAUGUCGAGCGGUGGAACGAAAUCAAGAAGCGCAAAUAUCGAGAGGAUGUCCGUUAUGAUUGGCUUGCCUUUCCUCAUAAUGUCGAGGCCGCGCCUAACGAGGCUAUUGCCCGCCACCCUCACCGUGAGCAAUGGCAUGACAUAGGACAUCGGUUCAAGCAACGUUUCCAUCGUAGUCAAGAUGAAUCCUAUCCUGAGGAAGAGGAGGACCCGGAGAGCUAUGUUCGUUCACCCCAUGGAACUUGUCGCGUUCAAGUCGUUCGAAGCGUUUCGGACUGGUCUCAUGGUGUUUUGACAGAACGGAGUAUUCAGAAUGCUUACAUUCAGCUCAUUCGAGAAGCUAAUCAUUUCGUCUAUAUUGAAAACCAGUUCUUUAUUUCUUCCAUCGACGGUAAAGGUGCUGUCAAAAACACUAUUGCUGGUGCGUUAGUCGAACGUAUUAUCAAGGCCAGAGAUGCUGGUCAGAGGUUCAAGGUUAUUAUCGUGAUCCCCGAAGUUCCUGGCUUUGCCGGAAAUUUGAAAGACGAAUCAUCUGUGAAGAUCAUCAUGGCUGCACAGUACAGGACUAUUAACCGAGGUGGCUCCAGUAUCUAUGAAGAGCUCAGGAAGGCUGGUAUCGAACCGCUGGAUUACAUUCGUCUGUAUCACUUGCGUGCAUAUGACCGUAUUAAUGCCCCUUUCUCUUCGUUCAUCGCCAAGAUGGAGGAGAAUAGUGGCGUCAAGUUCCAGCAAGCUAUGGUCGCUCUUGCCCGUCAAUGGGUCGGAGAUAUAGAAGGUCCUUCGAUCCCUGCAAAUGUCUCCAUCGUUAUCCCUUCAGACACGACUCUGACCAUGCCCGCGCCCGAAGGUGUCAAGAGCGAGUUGAAGUCGGAAACUUAUCCUCUGCCCGCUACCGUAGAGGAAGCUUGCAAGAUCAUCGAGCAAUUUGAACAUGGAGCUGAUGAAUUGAGGAGCGAUGAGGUUGUGUCGGACAAUGUUGCCCAACACAUGUUGAACGAUAGGACGGCUUUGGUGGAUGAGGAAUGGUUGGGUACACCUGAAGAAGAGAAGGGUGCUUACGUGUCAGAGCUGCUUUACAUUCACUCCAAGCUCAUGAUCGUCGACGACCGACGGGUUAUCAUGGGUUCCGCUAACAUCAACGAUCGUAGUCAGAAGGGUGAUGGAGACUCCGAGAUCGCCCUCGUAAUUGAAGACGAUGAUCUGGUCCAGACCAGAAUGAACGGCCAAGCCUACAUGGCUUCCCGUUUUGCCACGACUCUGCGACGCAAACUCUACAGAGAACAUCUUGGUCUCAUCCGCCCACAGUGGUGUAAGGAGAAUGAGGAAGUCACAAGCUUCAUGCGUCCUGCCCCUCAUGCUAAUGACGACGAAAUUGGGACUCAGCAAGAUGACAUGGUCGCCGACCCACUCUCUGAUGAAACCGAUAGACUUUGGAAUGAUACUGCUAGAAGCAACCGGGAGAUUUUCACAGAAUGCUUCCGUCCUGUGCCAACGAACCUGAUUAGGUCCUGGGCUUCCUACGAGAAUUACGUUCCAAAGGUGCAGACUGACCAUGCUGUUCCCGAGAUCACUUUAGAACGUCUGAAGGAUCGCCUGUCGAAAGUCCGGGGAGCUUUAGUGGAGUGCCCAUUGGACUUUUUGAUUGACGAGAAAGACUUUGUCGAGGGGUCGGAAUGGAGUGGGCUGAACCCGACGUUACCCAUUUACAUUUAGUUUAGAUGAUGAUUCCGUCACGGACAUUUUGCGCGGAUGGACUGAACCUUCUGAUUGAGCGCUGGACUAUGGAUGGAAGAUGGAUUAAAUAUGAACGAAGUGUUGUGUUGUUGUAUUCUCUCUUGCCCAUGAUCCUCAAAAGAUAGAGUGUCCUCACUAGCAUACCAUAUUCAUUAUUGAACGAGGAGAAGGGCAAUUCAUGAUGCCAAAAUGAGGGAAGUUGGAACACAGUUCUGUCACAAUUCGGUUGGUCAUGGAAAUGUUGGGAUGAUAGAUUAUAGAAAAAAAUCAAAAACAUAUGAGACGUAAGUAGGAAUUUUUUUGGAUCCUCAGAGAUGUUUGUGCAUAAGUAACUGGCGGAGAAAAAUGAAACAUUCUGACCAAA